UCGGCCCCGUCGUUCAUCCGCUUUUGAGGCCGUCCGUCCGGCUGGCCGAGCGGACAACACAAAACCCUCCGAUUGCUGCAGCCCGCUGCGGGGAUGUGCCAUUGCCAUGGCGAGGAGGGUCUCUGCGGGGGCCUGGCUCAGGAAGCCCUACUACGGGCAGGUUCGCUUCUCUUAUAUGCGGAUGAAAUAUCUCUUCUUCUCUUGGCUAGGAGUAUUUAUUGGCAGCUGGAUUAUUUAUGUUCAGUACUCAUCUUACACAGAACUUUGCAGAGGGCAUGACUGCAAGAAAAUAAUAUGUGAUAAAUACAAGAGUGGGGUUAUUGAUGGAUCAGCAUGUAGUAGCCUGUGUACAAGACAAACACUUUAUUUCAGAAAAUGUUUGUCAACCCAACCCAACAAUCAGAUGUAUUUAGGAGAAUGGGGUAAUUUGCAAGGAGUUAUAAAAUGCCAGAUGGAAGAAAUUGCUCAUAUUGAUCUCAGAACUGAACUAGAACCAAGGAAGGAAGCAAUUCUGUUUGAUAAACCAACUAGAGGAACUACUGUUCAAAAAUUCAAAGAGAUGGUCUAUGGGCUUUUUAAAGCAAAACUGGGAGAGCAAGGAAAUCUUCCCGAACUGGUUAAUCUCAUCCUGACUGUGGCUGAUGGGAACAAAGAUGGCCGCGUUUCCUUGCCAGAAGCAAAGUCGGCAUGGGCGCUUCUCCAGUUAAAUGAAUUCCUGCUCAUGGUAAUUCUCCAGGACAAAGAACACACUCCCAAAUUGUUGGGGUUUUGUGGAGAUCUUUAUGUGAUGGAAAAAGUUGAAUAUACCUCUCUUUUUGGAAUAAGCCUUCCGUGGAUCUUUGAACUCUUCAUUCCUUUUGGUUUCAGAAGGAGCAUGGAUCAGUGGUUUACUCCAUCGUGGCCCAGAAAGGCAAAAAUAGCCAUAGGGCUCCUAGAAUUUGUGGAAGACAUUUUCCAUGGACCGUAUGGAAAUUUUCUUAUGUGUGAUAUGAGUGCCAAAAACCUGGGUUAUAAUGAUAAAUAUGACUUAAAAAUGUUGGAUAUGAGAAAAAUAGUGCCAGAAAUGAAUUUAAAAGAACUUAUUAAAGAUCGUCACUGUGAGUCUGACCUGGACUGUGUUUAUGGCUCAGACUGUAGAACUGUAUGUGACCAAAGUAAAAUGAAAUGUACUACAGAAAUAAUUCAGCCAAAUUUAGCAAAGGUGUGCCAUUUGCUGAAGGACUAUCUGCUUCUUGGGGCUCCUUUAGAAAUCCAUGAGGAAUUAGAGAAACAACUGUACUCUUGCAUUGCCCUGAAAGUUUCAGCCAAUCAGAUGGAAAUGGAACAUUCCUUAAUACUCAAUAACUUGAAAACUCUAUUGUGGAAGAAAAUAUCUCAUACAGAUGAUUCUUAGGUGCUUCGUCUCAGAAGAAGAUACAGUUGCUACUGUAGGAGCUGACCACUUUUUGUGAAGCAUACUUUAUAGUUUUUGAAACAUUUGUUAUCCUCGCCUUUUAUCCGUUUCUCUUUCAGACAUGUUUUUUCCCCAAUUGAAAAGAGUUAUAUGUGUACUUAAAAUGUAUGCCUGUCAGACUACUGAAGCCAUAUGGCUACAACACUCCUGGCUGGAACGAAUACUAAUUCCCUGUUACCCUUUUACCCUUCACUGGCUUAAGAUAUUUCUUAAGCGCCUUCUGUUGUUAGUAUUCAUUCUGUUUCUUUAGAAACUUACUAAAAGCCAAAUUUAUACAUAUGGAGAGAGCAUUUGGUAUAAUCCCAGGAAAUCCGUUCUAUAGAAUUUAUAAACUCACAUGUAUUCAACUGAACAGCUUCCUAAAUGUAAAAAAAAAAAAAUCUAGCAUUUGACGUCUAUCCCACCCUUUUCCCUGACAAGUUAGUUAAUUAAAAACUGGGAAUUCUUGACGUAGGACAGUAUAAAAACACCGAUCACACUUCCAUUUCUAAAUAACAGCUAAAGAGAGCUACCCAAGAACCUCUGCAUCAUGAAGCAGUUCCAGUUAGCCGAGCUGCUUCAUCUGGCAGUAGAAGACCCUCCCACUUGGAUCCAGCAGACCCUCCAUCCAUCCAUCCUUCUAGCCUUCUGGAACACCUUGAAGAGCUGGGGUUGGUUCAGGGCAUGGCUGGAGUCCUAGAACUGCAAAUGGCGAGGUAGGGAGGAGUGUGUGUUUGAGGGCUCUAGGACCCGGUUUUUUUCAUGGUGGCUUUACAGGUAGUCCUCGACUUACAACCACAAGUGAGCCCAGAAUUUAUGUCGCCAAGUGAGAUAUUUGUUAAGUGACUUAUGUCCCAUUUUACCAUUUUUCUUGCCACAUUACUGCAGGUGCUAAAUUAGUAAUGCGGGUGCUAAGUGAAUCUGGCUUCCCCAUGGACUUUGCUUGUCAGAAAGUUGCCAA